AACCUCUUUUUCUUUUCUUUCUUUACUUCAAAACCUCGUUCCACUCCCUCUAUUUCUCUCACCAACUCUGUUUUAUCACUGUCUUCUCUCUGCUUCCAUUUUUCAUUUAAGCCGCACUUCACGAGUGAGGCAAAAGAAAGUGUGAAAUUAAUGGAGGGGGUCCCAAACCUUUUGGAUAUGGGGAAGGAGAAAGUGAUUUCAAAUGGUACAUUGCUAUCUUCAUCCACAAAAGGGUUUAGAGACAAAAGCAUCAUCAUCACCAACACCAACGUUAUACCUUCCUGGUUAUUCACCAGCAUUUCUGAGUUAGAGGAGAGGAUGAAAGUGCUGACAAUGGGGACAACAGAAAAUGAAGACGAAGAAGUGGGUGACACAUUUGCAGAGAGAGCUGAGUCUUAUUACCAAAAGAGGCCUCAGUUACUUUCCCUUUUGCAAGAUUUAUACAAUGGCUACAUCACUUUAUCUGAUAGGUACAUUCAAACACUUGCAAAGCAGAAACAACAGCAAAACUUGAAUCACCACCACCACCAUAGCAGGCACUCUUCACAGGUUUCAACACUUGAUGGAGGAGGGUUUUCUGACCAAGAAGAAAGUAGCAUUGGGGUAACAAGCAAUGUUGAUUAUUCGGAUACCGAAAGCGCGAUCUCGUACCAACCACAAUCCAAUGUGGUGAAGUUGAAGCAUGUGAAUUCAAGCAUGAGUCCAAUUCUUGAUCUUGAUGUCAUUGUUGCUGAGCUUGUGAUGAAGAAUGUGGAGUGUGAUGUGAUGGUUCAUGAGGUUGGUGCAAUGGAGAGGAAGUACUGCGAAUCAUCGCGGAAGAACGAGCUUCAGAAGAGUCUACUUGAGGUUUUGGAGUCUGAGAGGCUUGUUUUGUUGAAUGAGAAUGCUAGUUUGAGUUAUAGGGUGAACACAUUGGUGGAGGAGAACAAGGAACUUGUGUCCGAAUCGGCUUUCGUGAAGCGCAAGGCAGGGGAAUUGGCGAAAUGUGUGCUCAAGAUGAGGGAGGAUCAUAGAGUGUUUAUGCUGCAUAGGAAGAUUGAGGAUCUUCAGGCUCAGAUUCAUGGAUUGGAGAAGAGGAACAAGGAGUAUUAUGAGAGGCUUCUCAAGAGAGAUAACAACAAUGGUGUUGGUGAUAAUGGAGUAUGCAAAGGGAAUAAGAACAAUGAUGUUGGUGGCAAUGGAAUAUCUUUGGAGGUUCGUGUUCUCAGAAGGUUCAAGUGGAAAGAUGUUGGAAGUGUUUCUUCUUCUUCUUCUACUGGUUCUGUUUCUGGAAGGAGCUUUGAUGAUCUCAAGAAGAAUAAGAAUAAGAAAGGAACUAGUUUGUGGAAGAAGCUCAAGAACAUGGACUUGAUUCUCUGUGGGAUGAAUCCAACAUGUGCUUGAUCCCAAGCUUUCACACUUGCCAUUGGUUUGCGUUUUCAUUCAGUUUUUCUGCUUUCAAAAUUCUAUGGAGGAAAAAGAGAAAAAAAUAUUUCACUUGUUUUUUCUUCAUUUUUCUUUGUUGAAUCUUGAAAAUAGAAAAUAUUAAAAAUGAAAACGCAAAUUUAAUGCAAUUAAAGUACCAAAUUAACCCUCCGAAUUAACCCUCCCAAGAUUAUUGGCCUAAUAUAGUUUCUUAGAAUUUAGAAACUAUAAUCUUGGAGACUGGUUUGAUAGUUUACUUAGAAUCAAAAUAUGUAUACUUUUUGGUUCUUUUACUAAAUGUACUUACUUAUUAGUGUUAACAAGCCUUGAUGUAUAUUCCAAUGUGAGGUCUAUGAAUACCUCUUAGCUAAAGUUAAUCCAUAAUGAUUAAACUAAUUGUAGAUUAGGGAACAUUAUAUUAGAGGCAAUGCUUUUUUGCCUCUACUAUUUAUUAGCUUAUCUAAUUGUGCUAUUGCUGUUUAUUUUGCU